UUUGGACAUUUUGGGAAAACAACAGAAGAGCCCUCCUCUCCCUUUCUCAGACACACACAGAAGACGGGGUUAGGAGGGAAGCCUCUGGGAAAAGAGGGUUGACCCUCUCUCUCUCCAUCUUCUUCUUCUUCAUAUUCUUCUCAAGGUGUCCUUAACACGCUAUAAUUCCCCUUUUGAUAAUCGUCUUCCUCUUCAACCCCUCCCCUUCUUUUAUAUCUCCUCUGACUCUCAAUUCCUCAUCCAUUUCUGGGCAUUUCCCUCCAUACCCAAUUCGUGAUACCUCUGUUUUUCCUCAUAUUCCCCCCUUCGUACCAAUUACGAUUUAUUUUCUCGGAAACCCAACUCUUUUCGCUCAAGGAAAGAUUCAAUUUCGUUAGAUUUUGAUUGGGUUUGUUUCAUAUUCAGCUCAAACUUCUUUGAAUUCCGACACCCCCGUUUGACCAAAUAUCGAAAAUCCCAGAAAAGUCGAACCCUGUAAUCCAUGGGUAACUGUUGCGUAACCCCAGCGGUCGACGACGAGCUGAAGAAGGAGAAGAAAACAAAGAAGCCAAACCCAUUUGCCAUCGACUACGGCGGGGCCAACCCCAAUGGCGGAAGCCACAAGCUCUCGGUCCUGAAGGAGCCGACCGGCCGCGAGAUCGAGCUCCAGUACGAGCUGGGGCGCGAGCUGGGUCGCGGCGAGUUCGGCAUAACAUACCUCUGCACGGACAAGGCCACCGGCGAUACCUUCGCCUGCAAAUCGAUAUCGAAGAAGAAGCUGAGGACGGCGGUGGACAUCGAGGACGUGAGGAGGGAGGUGGAGAUCAUGAAGCACCUGCCCCAGCACCCCAACAUCGUGACCUUGAAGGACACCUAUGAGGACGACAAUGCGGUGCACCUCGUCAUGGAGCUCUGCGAGGGCGGCGAGCUCUUCGAUCGGAUCGUCGCCAGGGGCCAUUACACGGAGCGCGCGGCUGCCGCGGUUACCAAGACCAUCGUCGAAGUUGUUCAGAUGUGCCACAAGCAUGGCGUGAUGCAUCGGGAUCUCAAACCUGAGAACUUUUUGUUUGGUAACAUGAAGGAGACAGCACCUUUGAAGGCAAUUGAUUUUGGGCUUUCAGUAUUCUUUAAACCUGGUGAGAGAUUUACUGAGAUAGUUGGAAGUCCUUACUACAUGGCUCCUGAGGUGCUAAAACGGAAUUAUGGUCCAGAAAUAGAUGUUUGGAGUGCUGGAGUAGUCCUUUACAUCCUACUUUGUGGUGUCCCGCCUUUUUGGGCAGAAACUGAACAAGGAGUCGCACAAGCAAUUAUACGGUCUGUUGUAGAUUUUAGAAGGGAUCCUUGGCCUAAAGUUUCUGAUAAUGCAAAAGACCUUGUGAAGAAGAUGCUUGAUCCCGACCCAAAGCGAAGGCUUACUGCUCAGGAAGUGCUAGAUCAUCCUUGGUUACUGAAUGCAAAGAGAGCUCCAAAUGUUUCUUUAGGUGAAACUGUGAGGGCAAGGCUCAAGCAAUUUUCUGUAAUGAAUAAGCUCAAGAAAAGAGCUCUAAGGGUAAUUGCUGAGCAUUUGUCAGUGGAAGAAGCUGCCAGCAUAAAGGAGGGGUUCAAGUUAAUGGACAUUAACAAUAAAGGCAAGAUUAACAAGGAUGAGCUAAAAAUAGGGUUGCACAAACUUGGCCAUCAGGUUCCUGAUUCAGAUAUUCAAAUUCUAAUGGAAGCGGGUGACGUAGAUAAGGAUGGAUAUCUGGACUAUGGAGAAUUUGUAGCCAUUUCUAUUCACUUAAGAAAGAUGGGCGAUGAUGAAAAGCAUCUUCACAAAGCCUUUGAAUUCUUUGAUCGAAACCAGAGCGGUCAUAUAGAAAUUGAGGAGCUACAAGAUGCCUUAGCUGAUGACAUUGAGACAAACGGUGAAGAAGUCAUUAAUGGCAUUAUGCAUGAUGUGGACACAGACAAGGAUGGAAGAAUAAGUUACGACGAGUUUGCCGCAAUGAUGAAGGCAGGCACGGAUUGGAGGAAAGCGUCGAGGCAGUAUUCACGAGAGCGGUUCAACAGUCUCAGUUUGAAAUUGAUGAAGGAUGGAUCAUUAGAGACAAACAGUUAGUGUAGAUGGAGUCAACAAAUGGCAAGUUACUCUUGGAAAGAUGCAUAUUAAAAAAAAAAAAAAAAAAAUCUUCCUCCUUUUUGUUUUCACAAUUCCUUUUUUUUUUUUUUUUUUUUAUUAUUAUUAUUUUUUUUUAAAAACCCUUUUUGGGGGGAUUAGUAGGACAUGGACCUGGGGGGGUGUCCAUGUCUGAAUUGGAAUGUGUUUCUUUUGUUUGUUGUCGGAGUUACUGGGAAGAAGAGUGGUUGAAGGUUGGGGAAGUUGUUAUUUGUGGCUGUAAAUAUGUUAAAUUGGCAUAUUUCUUCGAAGUAUAAUAUGGCAUUUUGGGUGGGUUGGUAGCUUGUGAAUUUCAAUGUGGAUGUUAAUUGAGAUA